UAAAUUCCAGUCGACAGAGGCGGAGCAAAUCACCCUGCUGCGUAUUCAGUUCUCUCACUUGUUAUUUAGAGUGGAGCAAUGCGAAGUGUGCACAUGACGGAUUUACCACGAAAGUAAUGAUUUUCUCUAGGAAAACGGUAUAGACAGGCGUCCGCGAACCAAGCAGAUGGUGCUCCUCCGGCCAUGACUCGUACCAGGCUCCCCACGGUUGAAGCGGCGUUGAUAUUUCUAUCUGUCGCACAGCUGAGCACAGCUCUGAAGUGUGUGUGCCAGCUAUGUAACAACAACACCUGUGAGACGGGCGCGGACGGGGCCUGCUGGAACUCUGUGAUGCUGAUCAACGGGAAGGAGGAGGCCGUCAAGUCCUGUCUGUCCCCGGCUGAGAUGAGGGGACAGGUCUUCUGCUACAGCUCCCGGAACGUCUCCAAGAGGAACUGCUGCUUCACAGACUUCUGCAACAACGAGACCCUGCAUCUGCAUCCAGGCUAUGUAGAGAGGCCUUCGGAGGAGCCCGGCUGGGGCAGACUGGAGCUGGCAGCAGUCAUCCUGGUACCCUCUACCCUGCUCUGUGUGAGCAUCCUGCUGGGUGUGUGUGUGGUGCAGAGCCAGCCCUGUGCCUACAACCGGGCCCACAAGAAUGAUGCGGAGGAGCCCCUGGAUGACCAAAGUCUUAUGUCCCCCGAUAAGUGUCUUAAAGACCUCAUCUACGAUAUGAGCACCUCCGGCUCAGGCUCUGGGCUACCACUGCUAGUACAAAGGACAAUAGCUCGGACCAUCGUGCUGCAGGAGACCAUUGGGAAGGGCCGCUUCGGGGAGGUGUGGCGAGGGAAGUGGCGAGGGGAGGACGUUGCGGUGAAGAUCUUUUCAUCCCGUGACGAGAGGUCCUGGUUCAGAGAAGCAGAGAUCUAUCAGACCAUCAUGCUCCGACACGAGAAUAUCCUGGGAUUCAUUGCAGCUGAUAACAAAGAUAACGGCUCUUGGACCCAGCUGUGGCUGGUGACCGAGUACCAUGAGCACGGCUCCCUGUUCGACUACCUGAACAGGUACACAGUGUCUGUGGAUGGCAUGAUCGUUCUGGCCUUGUCCAUCGCCAGCGGCCUGGCACACCUCCACAUGGAGAUCAUUGGCACUCAGGGGAAACCUGCCAUUGCCCACAGAGACAUCAAGUCUAAAAACAUUCUGGUGAAGAAGAAUGGGACUGCUGUCAUAGCAGACCUCGGAUUGGCUGUGAAACACGACUCCAGUACCAACAUCAUUGAUAUACCGUCCAAUCACAGAGUAGGAACAAAGAGGUACAUGGCCCCAGAACUGCUGGAUGACACGAUCAAUAUUGGCAGCUUUGAGUCAUUCAAGCGGGCAGACAUCUACUCCCUGGGCCUUGUAUUCUGGGAACUGGCAAGGCGGUGUUCCAUCAGGGGACUUCAAGAAGAUUUUCAGGUGCCUUACUAUGAUAUGGUGCCUUCAGAUCCUUCUGUGGAGGACAUGAGAAAGAUGGUCUGUGACCAGAAACUGAGACCCAACAUUCCCAACCAGUGGCAGAGCUGUGAGGCACUGCGUGUGAUAGGCAAGCUGAUGCGCGAGUGCUGGUAUGCCAACGCUGCAGCUCGCCUCACCGCGCUGAGAGUCAAGAAAACCGUCUCUCAGGUGACUGUACUCAAGGACAUCAAAGAUUAGCUAGCCCACUGGCUGGCGCACCAGAAUGUACUGUUAUUGGUCUGGAGCAAAGCAUCCUCAAGACCACGCUGAAACAAACACUCAGCUGGGUCGUAUUAAUUAGAAACCAAACAAAAUCAAAUGGGGAGGGACUACCUAAACCUAUCCAAUAAGACAUUCUCAUUACAAAAGGUUUUGUUGUGGUUAGUAAAUGUAGGUUUUAGCACGGUGUUACAAAUGCCUGUAUUGCAAGAAUCAAGAUUUGUUUUGUUUUAUGAGCGUUCAUGUCCGCUUGUUCUCGUGAAGUCUUUUUGGUCUCAUCUCCUUCACUCCUUCUGUGCUGUUUGCACCUUCCCACUUGCACACACACACACACACACACACACACACACACACACACACACACACACACACACACACACACACACACACACACACACACAAGCCUUUCCCCAUGCCAUUCACGUCGAACAUUAAAGAUGUUCUAUUUGCAUUUGAGGGUUGGUCCUACAGAAUUGGUCACAUGGACACCCAAACACAAUGAGACAUUAUUUUACUGUAACAGAGGAGAAGUUACCUUUUCUAACGAUACCUUUUUUAUGUCUCGACUCCCAGACCCUCCUAGAACUGGAGGAUCAGUGAACAUGAUUGUGGAACAUUUAACGCACACUUUCUGUCACACUUGGUACCAAGUUCCGCUAGGAGCCUAGUCUGUCUUUAUAAAUGUGCAAUGAGCAUAAGAAGCUGCAUUUUAUAUAAGGUAGGCCACUUGAUUCCAACAUCUGAACAAAGUGGACAGGCUAGUAUGCUGUUCAAACAGUUGGAGACGGACAGGAGGUUGUGUUCAGAACAGUUCAACUGUUCUAGCUACCUUGCUAGCAAGUAAAUAGAUCCACAUUGGCUAGACUUUAAAUGUAGAGAUUAGCUGGCUACUCACUAGCGCGUGGGCUUGUGCUUGAGAGAUUGUUUAUGAGACCUGUUUUAAUUUUCUAUAAUGCCUGUUAAGAGAAGUUGGUCAUUUUUAGUGCAUGGUUCAGGUAAAGAAAAGAAAAAAAGGGCAUUUUCAUAGACUUGAAAGCCAGAUCAGUGAUUAUUGCAAACAAACAGGUUAAAUAAUAUUUGAUAAAACAAUGUAAUUAUUAAUGGGUCUUAUGGUUGUGGAAGGCUUAUAUUUAGCCUAGGUAUAACUUCAAAAGUCUUGAAUUCAUUAGAUUAUUCCUGACCGUUUGAAAUGCGGUGUCUUGACCUUUUAAUUGUGCAACAAAGCUUAUUUAAAGAAAAUAUUUUUUUUAAAUCAAGAUGUAUAUAAGCGUUUUAGGCCAUAUCGCCCAGUCCUAUAUGGUGUGCACUAAUGAAUACGACCCAGCAGUGAGCAUGCUCAGCUUUGUGAUGCCAAUAGAGCCUGCUGCGGUUCAGCAGGGAACACUCCUGUCCAGCCCUGCAGUGUGUGACUGCCUGGAACUGGAUCAACCAAUCCAGAGGAACAGGAAAUGAAACUGUGACCUAUCAGAAGAAGAUGGAUGAUUUACAAUGUACCGAUUUCCUCUGCUACCUCAGAUGUUUUUAAGUGCCCAAAGCUUGAAGUUGCAUAUUGAACGCUUUGUGCCAUAUUAUACUGUAUGUAGUGCUAGGCAACAUGCAAAAUGACUGUAAAUGCUAAAUGUUACUGAGUAACACACUCACUGCUAUGCCUGAUUUGUACAGGACACACAAGGUCUAUACCCAUAAAGAUAAUUGUUACUUGGGAGCUGCCCCUCCCUCCCCCAACCUAUUAUAUUUGUCAUCUAUAUAUAUUUUUUUAUAUAAGACUUGAAAAUAAUGCCUAUUUCAACUAUACUAUGUAUUUAAGUCAAACAUAGUCCAAUAUGAUUUUUAAGGGUGCAAUCUGCAGGUGUAACAAUGACAAAGCUGCCAACCCACCCCUGUUUUUGUCAACAGCUGAGGGAUGGAGAUGGAGAAAUGUAACUACUCUCCAAUUCAUAGACGGGUGUGGAUGCAACGACGGAUCAUCCAUGAUAUCAAAAUUAUAGUUUUCACCAUGUUUUGAGGCUAUACAAUGCAAACAAUUGCAUUUGUUUACAAACAAUGGAGUAAAACAAGCUUGCAUUUUCGGUUCUGAUGUGGUACGACAGUCUUACUAAGCUCAUGACAAAAUGUAUAAAUUAUAUUCUUCAAGAGUCAAUAUCAUCAAUUGAAUAAAAGUUUAAAAAAACAA